CCAAGCCCCGCCCUGCUUACGUAUAACUAACUCCCGUGGACGGUGGCCCGAAAGAGACAAUGGUUUCCAUGUCAGCGACAAACGCACUUUAGGUAGUUCUUGGACCUGAUAGUUUUAAGAUUGCGGAGGAGCGAGAAGGUAGCUGAGGAAGCCUGUGCCUCUUGUAGACCAGGAGCCAUGCCGCGCCGGGGCCUAGUAGCCGGGCCAGACUUGGAUAAUUUUCAACGUCGGUAUUUCACGCCGUCUGAAGUAGCGGAACACAACCAGCCCGAGGACCUAUGGGUGUCUUACCUGGGAUUUGUUUACAAUCUAACACCGCUUGUCGAGGAAUUCAAAGGGGAUCUACUGUUGAAACCCAUCCUGGAGGUCGCAGGCCAGGACAUAAGUCACUGGUUUGAUCCACAGACUAGAGACAUUCGCAAGCAUAUAGAUCCUCUCACUGGUUGCAUGAGAUACCGUACCCCGCGGGGCCGCUUCGUGCACAUCCCGCCACCUCUGCCCCGUUCAGACUGGGCCAAUGAUUUCGGAGUACCCUGGUGGAAGGGGGCAAAUUACCAGGUGGGACGACUGUCUGCUCGGACCCGGAACAUCCGUAUUAUUAACACUCUUGCAAUGCAGGAGCACACACUGCAGGUGGGGGCUCUGGAAUCAAUGUGGGAAAUCCUACACCGCUAUCUCCCCUAUAAUGCACAUGCUGCCAGCUACACAUGGAAAUAUGAUGGGAAGAAUUUGAACAUGGAUCAAACCCUGGAAGAAAACGGGAUCCGGGAUGAGGAAGAAGAGUUUGACUAUCUUAACAUGGAUGGUAAACUUCACACACCUGCAAUUCUGCUCUACUUCAAUGAUGACCUCACAGAGCUCUAGGAAAGGAGAUGUGCGUGUAGACUCAAGAUGUUGGAGUUUGCCUUUUUCUGUGCCUUGAGGGAAAGAGGUGUGGGUCUGUGGGGCCUGGCCUACGCCUCUGUUCCCUUCUGAGAAUCAGUCCGUGAUUCUUGGGCCUUUCUGACAUGUAAGGGCCUUAUCCCUGGUUCCUUUGUUCAUGGAUGAUUUGCUCAAAGAGUAUUAGAGGGGUCCUAGAAAGAAUCCCUGUAAGAGAGCUAGAGUCUCUCAGGAAUAUGAGGAGGAAGUAAGGCUCAGGCAAAACUUUUUAGUAGUUAGAGAAAGACACAGUGACAAAGGGAUGGAAGAACUUUUUUGGCAAAGGUGAGAAUGUGAUGUUUGUAGGAAGGUGAGAUUUACAAAGACAGAAUUUGGAAAUUAGCAUUAACAAUCAUAGGUGGGUGGCUGACUUCCUUUCUAAAGGUCUUUACUAGUUGGUGCCCCAGGAAACGUGAAUGCAGUUAAUUUAGGAUUGAAAUUUUGCUGGAGUUUUACACUGUUCAACUCAGCUAUUUCACAGAUAAUUCCUUAGGAAUUUCCCAAGGUUCUGUAGCACAAGUGCACAUUUAUCAGUUACUGCAGAGCCACAGUGCCCAAGCCUGCCCAGCUCUGAAAGUCAGGCAUUUUCCAGUGUAGAGGAACAUCCUCAGUAGCCUUGCCUAGUGCUCGAAUUUCCCACGGCUGCUCUCAAACUGUGUGUUUGGAAUGUGAGCUUGUGAUGGGGAUAUGUCAGCCUGUUGUUUACUCAAUAUUUGUUGUGUUUGAAGGGAGUUAAGAGAGUGCUCUAGAGACAAAGGCAGGGAAGGCUAAAUUUCAGCCAAGCACUGGCAACGGAGGCUACGUCCGUGUUGAUGUCAUAGGAUUCCUGACUGUUUGGGGGCAAGAAGAUAGGUGUUUCCUGACUCUGGGAAACCAGAAUGGAGAAAGGGCCUGUAGGUCAAGACAUUGUAGUGAGGGACCCACAAGCAGGUACCUUUUUUUUUUUUUUUUCCCAGUAGGCCUUGCCACUAA